AUGACUUCACUUCAACCAAACCGCCACAAUGACUCCAGACCAUCCCCUGUGGCUGAUCCUCCUCCAUCCAUGGCCUCCCCAGCGGACACGUCCGUCGAGCUGCCUGCCUACAAGGAGAAGUCACUCAAUCGCAGAGCCAGCGACAACUCGCCACCCCCACCUUCCUCUCACAGUACCAGCUUCGAGGCCGCCCCCACCCAGGUUGUAGAACCCGACAAACCUUUAUUCUCUCGUGGUCGAAAGAACGUCCUCCUCACAGUUUUUGCCCUGUCCAUGUUUAUCGAUAUUUUAUUUUAUUCCGCCUUUUUUGUCCUGACCGACUCGGUCGCCAAGGACCUCAAAAUACUGUUUGCUCAGCAGUCAUGGGUCAUCACAUCAUACUCUGUGACGUUUUCGGCCUUUCUCCUCUUUUGGGGCCGCGUCGCAGACUUGUACUCUGCCAAACCGGUCUUCACCUAUGGAUUCGUCUGGUUGGGUAUUCUUAGUCUCAUCAUUUCGUUCCUCAAGGACAAGUAUUCGUUCUUCGUCCUCCGCGCACUGGCGGGUAUUGCCGGGUCGUGCUUGGUGCCCUCGGCAUACCGCCUCAUCACGCAUGUUUUUGAACCACAGGAGCUGGCGUACGCGUUUACCGUCUAUGGUAUUUCUGGCAGUCUUGCGAGCGUAUCUGGUAUGAUCGUCGCAGGGUUUAUUGGAUAUAUCCCUGACGAUGUCGGACAGCAAAACCAGGCUUGGCGCUGGUUCUUCCGUCUCAUGGCCAUUUGCAUUCUCCCACUCGCUGCCUUGUCACUCUUGAUCGUUCCCGAGGGCAGAGGUCAUGAGGCCAGCAGUGCCAAAAACAAGUGGCGCCGCCUCGACCUCGUCGGUGCCCUGCUCAUGCUCUCGUUUGUCGUCCUACUCAUCCUUGGCCUCACCCUCGGGGCGUCAUACGGCUGGAGGAAGCCCGGGUUUCUUGUCCCGUUCCUCCUCGCCUGGGUCCUCCUACCGGCCUUCUUCGUGUGGGAGAACUCGCUCUUGGACACACACGCGCUCAUUCCGUCCAAGACAUGGAGGAUCCCCAACUUUACGCUGUGGAUCGUCUUUUCCCUCGAGAUCUAUGCCUGGUGGAGCUGCAACUUGCUGCCCAUGACAGAAAUCUACCUCACGGUUCGAGGCGAACGUCCCAUCGUCGCUGCGGUCCGCAUGCUGCCAUAG